UUAGUAAUCUCCAAAAGCUAAUUUUCUUUUGUAGAAACACCAAGUGUCUCGGCUUCAGUGUUCAAAGUCCCUCCCGUAGAACGUGUAGGCAGCUGGGUGGAACCUAAGGCUGAAUCCUCUCCUGCGACCUGGGUGGAAAGGCAGAGCCAAAGUUGGACUGAGCAAAUCUUGAAGAGUCUUCAGAUGAAUUUUAAAAUUGAACACACUUGGGAUGGCUUUCCCGUGAAGCAUGAGCCGGUGUUUGUCAGGCUCAAUCCAGGUGACAGGGGGGUGAUGAUGGAAGUUAGUGCUCCAUUUUUCAAUGAUCCUCCAGCCCCACUUGGAGAACCAGGAAAGCCUUUCAAUGAACUAUGGGAUUAUGAAGUUGUGGAAGCAUUUUUCUUGAAUGAUAUAACUGAGCAGUAUUUAGAAGUUGAACUUUGCCCGAAUCUUAAUUUUGACAGCCAUGGACAACAUUUAGUGCUUUUACUCUCUGGAAGAAGAAAUGUAUGGAAACAAGAACUUGCCUUGUCAUUCGAAGUGGCCAGAGGAGAGACAAAAUGGGAAGGUAAAGCUUAUCUUCCUUGGAGUUAUUUUCCACCAAACGUGACCAAAUUCAAUGCAUUUGCAAUUCAUGGAUCAGAAGAUAAGCAAAGUUAUGAAGCUCUUUACCCUGUCCCUCAGCAGGAACUGCAAGAAGGACAAAAACCUGAUUUCCAUCGCCUAGAAUACUUCAAGCCUUUCAAUUUUAACACACUGCUUGGAGAAGAAUGGAAACAACCAGAAUCUGACCUAUGGCUAACAGAGAAGCCAGAUAUAUAGGAACGCAGUAGAUAACCACAUCAAUCAUUUUUUCUCCUUACCUUUUGAGGUGAACCAAUAAUGAGCAUCAGUCUUUUUUGAAACAGCAUAAACACACUUCAACAACAAAUAUUUUC